GUGAGAGAGAAAUCAUAUUAAAAGUGCUUAGGCCGAAAGUGUUUGGAAAGAGGAAGUUGAGAGUUGUGAGUCAGAGACAGAAAAUUGGUGUGAAUACAGAGAUUUACUCAGAGAAACACGGAAUGAACAGAUGAAAAUAAUUAUGGUGGAGUGAAAAAAAGGAGAGUGGUAAAAAAGCUAACAGAUGAAACUGAACUGGAAAACACAACAAAAAGACAACAAGUGAAGAGGAAAAGAGAAGACUGAACAUUGUGGCAGAUGACAGAGUCAGAUAUGAGAAAACGCUGUGUCUACACUCUUCUGGUCUUCGUGCUGAUACAGACAGGCAUGACAGACAGUGGGAUUUCUGUAUCUCACACAUGGGAUGGAUAUCAUCUAUCUAUCACCUGUCGUCUCAUGGGGGACAAUGACACUGUUUCUCAGAUCAACUGGGAGAUGACCAACAGUACACACCACACCACCACCAGACUGAAACUGGGCAUCUUCCAUCCCAUAUUCGGUACCUACGUGGCCCCAGAGUACAACGAUACUGUGGAGAUCGAGGGUAGUACCUCAAGCGGCAGUUACACGCUCAGCCUGAGAGGUAGCGCUGUGUUGGAGGACAGUCAGCUCUGCUGUAAAUUCAUCACCUUUCCCUCUGGAGUGCUGGAGCAUUGUACAGAUACCAGGAUUAAUGAAAGUACAGAGGAGGCCCAGGAGUCAGAAGGCCCAGAGGGUUUACUAGGGGAGAGACAAGUGGAGCAGUGGGCUCUGCUAGUAGGAGGAUCUACCAUCUGUCUCCUCUGUAUUGCCACCUCUCUCUACUACUGCUGGAAGUAUUGCUACAGACACUGCUGCUGCAGGAGGCGAGUAUUCGAGGUGGAGACUUAUCUGACAGAUCAACACACAGACUCAGAGGGGGUCACAGAGGAGCCACCCCAUCAACCCACCCUUCCCUCAACCCCUCACCCCCAGCUCCAGGGUUUUGACCCCUCUAAGCUGUACACUAAGAUCAAGCAGGACCUGCUGUAUGGACGGCUGUGGAAGGCCUACCAGGGGUCGGCUAGGGCCUGGGGCCCCACAACAAAGCAGGGACCACAGCAGCAAGGGCCACAACAAGGGGCAGAACUAGGGCCACAAAAGGUCUAUUUUCUUCUGGGGGAACACCGGGCAUCACAGAGAGAGGAACCAGAAGAACCGGAAGCAGAACCUAAUCUAGAACAGGAACAAGAUCCUCAACCAACCCUGGAAGGAACCGUGGAACCACAGACUGAGCCUGAACCUAUUCAUCCACUAGCCCUGGAACCUGGAACACCUAGAACUAGAACCCAACUUCCCACCAACCUUUCCUGCACAGAGGGAGGAACUGGAACCAGACUCAGGGACAGAGAAGGAAACUGAAGAAACCAGAGACUAACCCUUCAGCGAGGAGGUUUAUGAAGGGAGGGUGUGUUGUGUUGCUGUGUUUGUCUGUGUGUCUGUGUGUGUGCGUACGUACGUGUGUGUUGGGAGGAAUAAUGCAUUGUUGACAUUGGGUGAAUAACCCUGACCUCCUGAAGUUAGCUGUCAAUCAAUACGAUCACACACUUAUUGCCCCAGUGGGAAAUGUAGUGUGUGAAUAUUAAACUCACUGGUUAUCGC